GCGAACGGAGGUCUUGCCUUCCCCCAUCCUGGUCCUGGAUUUGUGAGGAUUAUGUUACCAUUUGUAAUAGAAUAGUGGAUAGGAAGCAGCCUGUCGAUGAGUCGUGGAUAUUUCUCUCCUGACCAGCCACGGCGCAUAGUAUAAAACCUUCUUCGGUUCCUAGCUGCAAAAAAUAAAACAUGCAACUUGGAUAUAAGAUGAAUGCAAUAAAAUAUGACACCGCCCAGGAGAGCCAGAGGGCCUACUGACUUGCCUGUUCGAGCAUAGGCUAGGAGACGCUCCCUUGCUCGGAGCGUUCUUCCGACAUGCCCUGCUGCUGGCAGCGUCUGCCCCCUUAGCAGGGCGUCCUAUAUGUCUGAAUAAACAGGCAUAUCCCAGCUGCAGAGCUUCGAAAGAACCUAACUAGCCCCAUCUCGGGCCGCCGGGAAGGAAAAUCCUCCAGCAAGGGGCCUAGCAGCGAUAUCGAACCUCAGAGACGUAUAUCAAGGCAGACAGGCAUGGGGAAGAGCAGGACUGGCCAACGUCUGCGCUGCAAGAGUGAGCCAUCCGACUGCAGCUUGGCCCGGCCGUUGCUCCCUUUUCCCCAGAUCCCCGUAGGGGCUGAUUAGUCGCGAUGUCUGUCCAAUGAUACCCUCGAACGCACGACGGUUAGCUGUUGGAUCCCCGAGGACGCACUCAAAAAAUGGAGUCUCUCGAGACAUUGAACGGCGACUGGAGCAGUCAACGAGCAGACUAUUGGGCCUCGUGCGUGUCCCCGCCGUUGUCCCGUUAACUAGCUUGCCUGUUGUAACGGCAAACGACUGUCGGCGGCUUCGCUACCAGGCGGUGAUUGCCGAAGCAGAGGGAGGCAGGGAGGAAGCCUUGCAAAUUGAUACUGCAGCAUAUGCACCCUAAAACGGCAAAUGCCUAGGCCAGGCAGCGGAGGAAGACGAGGACGAAGACGAAGAAAAGAAAAAAAGAAAAACACCCCCGACUUUGCCUUCAAUGGCUGGUCCUGGCAUUAGGUACUCCUACUAUCAAAGUAUCCAUUGCUGUAUUUUGCAAGUCUCUUAAGAAACGCACUAACUACGCCUCCAUGAUCUUCGGCCUUGCGUCCACAGAACCCAUGCCCACGUUCUGUUGCAAGAUCUUGACAGGAGGCGUGGACGCCGCAAGAUGCGAUGGAUGGUGCGAUCUCCUUUCUUCUCCGCGCCUCAGCAAAUAUUAUAUAUAUAUAUAUAUAUAUAUACAUUAAGGCGUCUUUUUUUUGCAGUAGCGGGAUGCAAGCCACCACCCCUUUGCUUCUGCCUCUCUGAUGCACCGUUGCCGAGGAUAUGAUAGCUCAUGUCGUAUCGUACCGCAGGAAUAACCGUUGAGAUAAAACCGAUGAAAUACAAAAACACGAUAAAGUCCGUGGCCGUCCGGGACGGUUAACUACAGACAGAUAUACAAAAAGCAAAAAAGGGGCUUCUUUUUCUGCGCACGUCCCGUUCUGAUAUGCAUUCCCAUAUUAGCCAUGCCCAUGACAAAUUCUCUCGUCAGGCCAGGCUGGGGAGCAGGAGAGGGAUAGAAGGAGCUCGUUAUUACUCAAGGAAAGGAAACGAAGGCGAGAAGGGGGAAGAAAAAAAAAGAAAGAAAGAAAAGAAAAGAAAUGCCCGGCAUAUGCAGAAGAGCGUGAGAGUUGCGCCUAUACGUCGAUGCAUCGAGUGUUUAUGUAUAAGUACAUUUUCUCCAUGUUAUCCCCUUCCCACCCAGGGCCAGACUAUGUCUGAAUCACGUUGGAUGUCAAGGAUGCACAUACAUGUGUAUACCGACUGCAUCAUCCCACGGAAAAGAAAAGAAAAAGGCAAACGGGUGGGGGGAAUGAGGAACGCACCAGACAAGAGCGAGGGAGAGAGAGGGAGAUGAGAGAAAGGAUCAAGCGUUCGCUUUUGGAUCAUCAAGAUGCUCGCCGCCUCGUCCAUCCUGCUUCACGUUGAUGUAACGUACGUUCGAACUCACUCCUGGCGACUGUGCGCAUCCUCUCCUUCGUUGCUUCUUCCUGUUCGUCCCAGCUUUGCUUCUGCUUGGUCCUGUGGCGAAGUCACUGCCUGGUCGGCUAUACAGGUCCUUUGUUUCAAGGUUGAUUAUAGGCUGCAAGAAACGCCGAUGGGGACACGGAGGAACGGCCCCAUGAAUAUACGAAGUUGCAGGACCAUUCCUGCUACUGUGACUCCGGCUACUGCUCGUGCUGCUACGACUGCUACCACCGCUACCACAGUUGCCAACUCGAGGCUCGCGCAUGUACUCCAUGUACCACGGGAUAGCCACCUUUAUCCCCCGCAAGGGACCAGGCCGCUAGUCACUAGUUACUAGUUAAGGGACGGGAGGGAGAGGGAAAAAAGCACAGGGCCCUCACUAGUCAUCCAGGCGGACCAAGGGAUGAUGUACUCGAAUAGUACCAAGACCACCAAAAAGCUCGGUCAAUAUACCUGACUACCGGUCAUCCCGACGUGUGGUGGUACGAAAUUCCCAGCCCAAAUUAGCGGCCGAGACAAAGUCACGUCCUGGCGCAGCUUCUCUUGCUGCAGCUUUUUAUACGUGCAUGCAGGUUGUCUUGUUGGUUUUGGCGUCUCGACGUCCUGCACGGUUACUUACGAGAGGGAUAAAAAAAAAAGAAAAAGAGAACCAGGGGAGAACAAGGCGCUUCGCGAGUUCGCAAUACCCACUAGCAUUCGCUCUAUAUGUGCAUACCCAACAAGAUAUUCUGUCGAAAGGGCAAUCCCUACCUUCAAGCAUCCCAUCUCCGUCCAUGUGGGAGCGGAAUCGGGGUGGCUUACUCUUGACAUUUGUACGACGCUGCAGUGAAGCAAGUUGGCAUAAAUGAUCAAUAGGCUGAGAACCCUAUCUCCGUCCAUCCCCUUUUGUUCUUUCCAAACCCUUUUUUUUCGGGUCUGGCUGGUAGCCGAUGCAUAGAUGUCGCCCCCGAACAGACCUGCUGGCUGGUUCACCUCCAAGGCCUCGAUAUGGAUACGUACAUAUGCCCACUCAGAGCCUGUAUCAGUGGCACACUCGCAUAGCAACUGUGGACGAGAGUAAACCCCCACAGGCAGACCUGACGGCCGUCGUCUGAGGGAAAAUCAGAUCGAAACUAUGCCUUGCAUAAAAGCAGCUCGUAGCGGUCACUCGCUGCCGCUAGGCUUGAUUUGAAUAAUGGGCAGAGGCAAUGAGGGACAAGGGCUCGAAAGGUCAAGGCGGACGAGGCGCGGAGAUGGCCAGCGAUAGAUGGCGGAAGACGAAGAGCGCAACAGUACAUCAAUUGCUCAGAGGAACUUCCUUUUGUUUCCUUCUUCUCCCUGAGAGACAGCUAAGGUAAACCAAUCCUUAAUGUUCAAAUAGUAUUUAUUCCCUUCCCCCCUUUUUCCCCCACUACCAUCAAGCAUAAAGCAAGCUCGACAGUAAAUGGCCAGUUUGUGGGGUUUCUGUGUAGCUAUGUAACCAACUAGCUAGCAUAAAUAUAUGUAUGUAUGUGUGUGUGUAUAUAUAAUACAAGUCAAACAGAUAACUUUAUACCAGAGCAGGUAAAAAGACAUAUACAAUAAGCAAGAAGAAUUAAGCAACAAAAGGCGAAAACAGAAUCGAAAAAGGAAAUAUAGAGAAGAGGAAACAAGAGAGGAGAAAAAGCAAAGCAGGAGUACCACGGACUCAAAGCAAGCAGAAAAGCGAGACGCAGAUGUUGCUUUGCUUCUUCUCUGCUUCUCCCCACGCUCUGGACUCUCUGUUUGGCUUUUCCCAGUCGGGUUUCCCUUUUGGUUGUUAUAUUCAGCCCAGCUUUUUUGAAAAUGCAGCCCCUUCCAGAUCCCUUCCCAACCCAGUAGCCGAAACGCCGGUAAGAAUAAGAAUGUUAACGUAGGAAGGGAAAGAUGAAUAUGUGAGUGUGUGAGAAAAAUAAAAAAUGAAAAGAAAGAAAAAGGAGGAAUUCAAUCGGACUGGUCACCGACCAUAGUACAUGAUGUUUUCAAUCCAUUACCAACAACCACCAUUAACCCAGAUAUAAAGUAGACGAGAAGGGGGAGGAAAAAAAGGGAGGAAAAGGAGAAAAAUGCCUUAAUUGAGCAAUGCUUGGAGACCCAUCCGAGAAUCACGAGAAGUAGAACAAGAAGAAGCAGGUUUUUCAAGAUCCGAAAUUGGUGGUAGCUGGUUAUGCGGAGCUGAUAUGGAGUGCUGGUGGUGCCGAAAGGAGGAUUGCAUAGGAUGAGACUGAUAGAGGAGGUUGUCACUUGAAUGAUGUGGUUUGGCGAAAGACGAAAUUAACGGGGCACUGCCUCGCCGUCUUUCGUCGUAUGAAGAGGCGGAUGAUGAAGACCGGUGGUGGCUGUGGUGGAUUUCAACUGGAGUUGCCAGGGCAGAAGGAGAGGUGACUGUCUUGGGCGAGGCAGAGGCGACUGAGUUAUGGUCUGACACCAUGGAAGGAGGCCCCCCGAGUGAGGGAGCAUGAGACAUCUCUGAGAAUGCAGGAGAGGUCAUAGCCGAAUCUGUUGCCUGGUUUGAGUUGCGUGUGGUGAAAAUUGGGGUCAGGACUCGCCGUCCAGCGGCUGGUGACUGCGGCUGUGAGUUGCACUGCUGCCAUCUUGCACUAUUCAGGGUCUCCUUGGGGAGAUCGUAUAGUGAUGAGCGGUACUCGAGCGGACGGGGCGAGUGAAUUCGUUGGUGCAGGUACUCCCCUCUUUCAUCCUGCUGGUGUUGCUGGUGUUGUGAUGAUUGAUAGUCUGAGAUGGAAGCCCAGGAUCGUUGUCUGUCCAUGCGCGAGGCCUGGCUGUACAUUGCGUGUUC